CCACGCAGGCUCGGGAUGAUUCGCGUUCAUGGGCUACAUAUAUCCCACCGGUGUCAACAAUCCUUCAUAGUCGCGAGGCCGCGUCGUUGCCAGGUGCACAGAACAAUAUGUCUUCAUGCUCGGCGGCCGUCCAGACUGGUCCCACGGGUAACUUGCUAUCCGGUGCCGCAGAGAAGUGCCAAAACACAGUCCACGGUGAAGCUCAAGGAUUUGCCCCAGGGUGCUCUGAAGCUCGAACCUUAUCAAGAUGUUGUCGACGAUGUCCCCAAGUAUCCAGUUGUCGUGCAAGGACACUGGAAUAACAUGCAGAAGUUCAAAAACUGCGUUAUCUUGACCCGAGUAGGCGGCUUUUAUGAGCUUUAUUUCGAGCAAGCCGAGGAGCUAGCUCCGUUGCUCAACCUUAAGCUUGCCUCCAAGAAGACCAGCGCGGGCCCUGUUCCUAUGGCUGGGUUCCCUUUCUUCCAGCUAGAUCGCUUCCUGAAGAUACUGGUCCAAGAUCUGAACAAGUACGUGGCUGUCAGCGAAGAAUUUCCGUUUGCUGCAGAGGACAAGCUGCGAUCUGGGGGUCUUCUCUUCGAUCGUAAGGUCGCUAGAAUCAUCACGCCUGGCACAUUGAUCGAUGAGAAGUUUAUGGAUCCGUCCGAGAAUAAUUUCCUGCUGGCUGUCUACAUCGAUAAAUCAUCGUUGAAAAAGCAAUUGGCGGAACAAGACGGUUCAGCCGCGCAGCAGCACGCCCUGUUGUCUGCAUCUCAAAACGUAGGCCUGUCCUGGUUGGACCUUUCGACAGGUGACUUCUUCACCCAAGUUACUACGGCGCAGAUGCUACCGUCCGCGAUCGCCAGGAUUGGUGCUCGGGAAAUCCUCGUGGAUCAAGGUCUUCAGGAUAUUAUUGGACAAGAGCUGCAAUUGUUGGUCGGGCAUGAUCACCGGCUAAUGACUUUCUUCGAGUAUCCUCAAAAGGUCGCGCCCAUGUCUCGAUGGGGGACGAUGCUUGAAGCUCCCGUGUCGGCUGCAGCAGCUGAGUCUUUCACUCCUGAUGAGAUUGCUGCAGGUUACAGUCUCUUGGAAUACAUCCGAGUCCAGUUGCAGGGGUUGAAAAUGAAACUCCAACCUCCUCGACGCCGGCACUUGAGCGAGUCGAUGAGUAUUGACCGAAACAGUCUGAGGGGUCUAGAGAUCGUUGAAACUGCGCGAGAUGGUUUUGGCAAAGGAAGCCUGCUUCAUGCAGUACGCCGAACCUCUACCAAGAGUGGCGCGCGUCUGCUAAGAGACCGCCUAACAUCUCCUUCCACUUCCAUAUCGGUAAUCAACGAACGGCUUGAUCUUGUUUCAGUUUUUAUUGAGGAUAACGAACUACAUGACAGCGUGGUUCAGUUUCUGAAGCGCAGCUAUGAUGCUCAACGACUAGUGCAGAAGUUCACUCUCGGACGGGGUGAUCCAGAUGAUUUGAUUUGUCUCUCAAGAGCUAUUGAAGCCUCUAAGGAGAUAAAACGGGUUCUUUCGAGUAAAAUACAUGCAGUCAGCCAAACACAGCGCAGUCUCGCGGCCAUGGUUGAUCGUAUCUAUAUGGAUGGGCCUACGGUUUUGGCAGACAAAAUCCUGGCAGCCAUCGACGAGGAAGGUCUCCUUCAAAAACAACGCAUUGAAGACGACACGGCAGCCGAAGCAGCGAUGCUAGCACAGAAAGUGACUUUAAAUGAAGGUAUAGCGGAAGACAUGGCCGCGCUGCCGAAGAAAGUCAAGACAAAAGCCAGCGAACGGGCUGCCGCGGGUAUAGACGAAGGGUCGGUGGUCGAUACGUGGAUCAUGAGGCGCAAUGCAAGCCCUGCUCUCAGCGAACUCCAUCACGAAUUGGACCAACUACACAUUGCAAAAUCAGAGCUCACCCAACGUCUCCGCGACUCCGUCGGGUCAUCCGCACUCACACUCAAAUGGACGCCCGGACUAGGUCACAUCUGCCACGUCAAAGGAGCUAAGAUCUCUCAAGAAGCACUAGAAGAUCUCGGAGUCACGCGAAACGUCUCAUCCACCAAAUCAACCCGAUCAUUCUACCUCCCAGCAUGGACCGAGCUCGGCGGGCAAAUCGACCAGAUCAGAUCCCAAAUCCGCCAAGAAGAACAAGUAAUCUUCGAGCAUCUCCGUCGCGAGGUCAUCCUCAACCUCGUCAAAAUCCGCCGCAACGCAGCCGUAAUGGACGAACUCGACGUGGCAUGUUCAUUCGCCACCCUCGCACAAGAACAACAACUCGUCCGCCCCAUCCUCAACGAAGGCACCAGCCACAAGAUCAUCGGCGGACGCCAUCCCACCGUCAAACUCGGCCUCGAAGAACAAGGUCGCCGCUUCGUCAGCAACGACUGCUUCCUCGGCGGCCCAGAACGGAUCUGGCUCGUCACCGGUCCCAACAUGGCAGGCAAAAGCACAUUCCUACGACAAAACGCCUUAAUCACCAUCCUAGCGCAGGUCGGGUCCUUUGUGCCCGCGGCAUAUGCCGAAAUCGGCCUCGUGGACCAGAUCUUCAGCCGUAUCGGCGCAGCCGAUGAUCUCUUCCGCGACCAGUCCACGUUCAUGGUCGAGAUGUUGGAAACAGCAGCAAUCCUCAAGCAAGCGACGUCCCGCUCGUUUGUCAUUAUGGAUGAAGUUGGUCGGGGAACCACGCCCGAAGACGGGACAGCGGUCAGUUUUGCGUGCUUGCAUCAUUUGCAUUAUCAUAAUAAAUGCCGGACGCUGUUUGCGACGCACUUCCAUGCACUCGCCGAUAUGACGCAUGAUUUUGAGGCGCUGGGAAGGUACUGUACUGAUGUGAAGGAAUCGGCGUCUGGGUCGUUCUCGUUCAUUCAUCGACUGCGCGAGGGUGUGAAUCGUGAGUCUCAUGCGUUGAAAGUCGCCCAGUUGGCUGGAUUACCCAAGGAGACUAUUGAGAUGGCGAGGAGCGUGCGUCGGCGAUUUGCCAGCCACGUCUCGCAUUGGGGUGACAAACCGGUAUCAGAACAUACAGCGAACGGGUCAUGACCACAACCCCCCUCCCUCCGGGCUGGAACCUAUGUACAAUACCAUUCCCUUAAUAACAAUAUACACCAUAUCCCAUUCCAUCCCCUCCUCCCUAAAGCUUCGCC